GUAUUUCUCCAGCCAGACACAACGGGGACGUUGUAUCUCAGUGUGAUAGUGGACAAGGACAGUCCAGUCAACGCUGACCUACUACUGGACCAGUCUGGACAGAAUGUCUACGUCCUCACUGACAGCAAGGUAUCCAAGGUGUCUGUAUCUCAGUGUGAACAGCAGCCUGACUGCCGGUCCUGUCUGUCUGUCAGAGAUCCUUACUGUGGCUGGUGUGUGCUGGAGGGAAGAUGUACUCGUCGAAUGGAGUGUAGUCGUGAGGGCCAAGCCAACCACUGGCUGUGGAGCUACCAGCCUGCCAACCAGCCUGCCAACCAGCCUGCCAACCAGCCUGCCAACCAGCCUGCCAACCACCAGCCUGCCAACCAGUGUGUGACUGUCCAGAGCUUGGAGCCUGCCAUCCAAAGCAGAGAGGAGGAGACUCAGGUUUCUCUUGUGCUGGCCCUGUUGCCCACCCUGUCAGAGGAGGAGGAGUCUCUGACCUGCUCCUUCGGAACCCUCGCCCCUCAACCAGCUGUCGUCACGGGAACCACCAUAACCUGUCAAUCACCCCUGCCUGAGCUCCUCCCACCCAGCCCACCAGGAAGUGACCACAUGUCUCUGCGUGUGUCCGUGAUGUUCAGAGACGUGACCGUCUCUAGCGGUGACAUCAUCUUCUACGACUGUCGAGCUGUGGGGCGACUCAACGCCACCUCCCCGUGUAUGGCGUGUGUGGGCAGCGUGUGGCCAUGUAACUGGUGUGUUCUGGAUGGGCUGUGUACCCACAACAACAACAACAGCUGUCCCAAGCAGCACACCAUACACAACUCUGUGGAGCAGCAGUUGGAGCUAAAGGGUCCAGACUCUUGUCCCUUUGUGUGGGCUCUACAGAGUUCUCCUCUGGUCCCCAUGGGCUUCCUGUCCCCUCUGGUGCUACUGGGAAGGAACCUGGACAUGCUUCAGGGGGUUUACUGA